AGCUCAUUAUUAUGGUCUUGAAGUGCCUCCUCCUCUUCCCUCAAACGGCUGAUUUCAAACGCGGACGACUACCGCCGUCUUGGAAACCGCGAAUCUUCUUACACUUCCGGUUUUAAAAAAGUCCACCUGCUUUCAGCUGGACUUCAUCUCCGAUUUCUUCUUAGCUCACCCGCCACAUAAAAACCAAAAACUCGAAUCUCCCCCACCCUAACCAACCAGCACUGCUCGCUCGCUCGCUUUCCCUCUCCUUUCCUUGCACCUCCAAACGCUCCGCUGUCAAUUACGGAUUCUCCGGGGAGCUAAGAACUAUGGCAAUGGCCGGACUGUACCGCCGGGUCCUCCCUUCCCCUCCUGCGAUCGAUUUCGCUUCUUCGGAAGGAAAGCAAAUUUUUCUUGAAGCGGUUCAGAAUGGAACCAUGGAAGGUUUCUAUAAGUUGAUAUCCUACUUCCAGACGCAGUCUGAGCCUGCGUAUUGUGGCCUGGCGAGCCUUUCUAUGGUCUUGAAUGCACUUGCAAUUGACCCUGGGAGGAAAUGGAAAGGUAAUGGUAUUUGGUCGUUUACUGCAGUUCAGUCUGGCUGUGUUCUCAAUCUCAAGUAUGCAUUGCCUCAGGCUAGAGUCUUGGUUAAGAGCUGUAAGCAAGAGAGUUGGACUGGCUUCGCCAAGUAUCUAAUUGAUGAAGUUCCUGUGCUCUUGAAGUCAGAAGACGUGAAAGAUAUUAACAAAGUACUUCAAGUCGUUUUUAUGUCCUUGCCAUCACAUUUUGGUGAUUUCAUAAAGUGGAUUGCUGAAGUUAGAAGACAAGAGGAUGGUGGUGAAAACAUAAGCCAAGAGGAGAAAGGACGACUAGCCAUGAAGGAGGAGGUACUACAACAAGUGAGAGACACUGGCCUUUUCAAACAUGUUGUCACACUUUUGUCUUCUGCAACGUCUAGUUGUAGAAACGUGCCCACUAAGGGUAAUGGUGAUGAUGAUCUCUCUGAUAUUGCGGCAAAGCUCUGCUGCCAAGGCGCCGAGAUUUUGGUUGGGAAGUCUUUCAAAGGAGGCUGUUGCAUGGAAACAUGCGUAAGAUGCUUGAAAGAACAUGAUGGAAAACCCAUCACUGUAGUCUCUGGAACAGUAGUCAACGGUGGAAGUCAGCAGGGACUUGAAGUCCUGGUUCCUUCAUCUGAAAAGGAACAGAAUUCCUGCAAAUGUGGCCCUAGUAACCAGAUUUACCCAGCUAGCAAAGAUGUUCUAACAGCACUGUUAUUGGCUCUGCCUCCUGAAACAUGGUCUGGUAUCAAAGACGAGGAACUUCUCAAACAAGUGUUUACUCUUGUCUCCAUCGAAAGUCUCCCUGUUUUGCUCCAAGAAGAGGUUUUGCAUCUGCGGCACCAGCUCCGCCUUCUAAAGAUAUGCUUGAGGAAUAAGGAAGAAGAUUUAGCUGCACCCCUUCUGUAG